AUGGCAAGCUUUCUAUCCGUGGGACAUGCAGUGAAAAUGCUGCUGCCUAGAAAGGCCCAGCAAGGAGGUGCGAGAAGAGCACAGCGGAAGCUCGAAGUGCAGAAUUUCGAGAACUUGCCAACGCUAUCCCAGAGAGACUUUGGCCUUCUGCCGCCGAUGCCACCCCUUCUUCUGCGACAGUCUGAAAAGAUCACCUUGGUGGACUGUGGGAGUGGCUCUACCCGGGCGCUCUUCUUCCAAGACGAUGGCAAGUCGCAUGUCUCCUGGGAGAAGUCUUCUUGGAGAGGUGAGGCACUUGCGUCGGCAUUGCAGGAUGAGCUUCGCCUGGAGAAUCUGCUGCGCUUGCUUGAACAGGAGCUACCAGAUGGUGCCGUUCUUCUUGGAGCGACUGCAGGUGUGCGUGAGGCUGUGCAGGAUGGCAGUCUCGACGGCAGCAGCCUGCAGCGUUUCAAAGAUCGUGUACAGGAUUGCUUGGGACCCCGUGCGCAGUUCAUGGUGUUGAGUGGGCAGGAAGAGGCAAGAGCCGAGUGGGAAGCUUUGCAGCAUUCCCUGGCUUUCACGCCCGGCCUGCAUGCGGGGCUCUUCGCUGGAAUGAUGUCUGGAGGUGGGAUGUCGUGCCAGUUGGCUGUGCAAGGAGAUGCUGAUGUGGCCCUCUUCAGCUUCCGAAAUGGGGUGCUUGCUCCAGGAGGCAUAGCUGCGGCUGCCGGCAAGAACUUGCUCUUUGCCAGAGACCUCCCCGGCAAGCUCGAGGAGGUGAGAGCCCUCGCUAAGGAACAGCUUGCACGGCUGCCUUCUGCACUUGAGGGCUCCUUCGCUUUGGUUGAGUGGUUGGGUUUGUACGUGGCCGGCGAGUCCACUGAAAGAGAUUUGCUCAUGGGCCUUGGCUACAACCGCUGGCUGGGGCACCAAGAGGUUCUUGAAGCCGUCAACUGCCACCUGGGCGACAUGAAGCGUCGUUUCUUGCACGAUGAUCAUCCAAGAUCGGAGCCCAUCCCUCGACGUGUGGCAAUCUCUUGGACCUAUGGCAUUAUCCUGCAGGAGAUUCUAAAGCACUGUUUCGAGACGAGUGCUUCCUUUUAUUGCCUUAAGGGCAUCAAUUGGAGCACUGGGCACUACUUACAACAUCGUGAAGGGCUUCGGCAAAACCUUCUGCAGAUCAGCUAG